AUGUAUGAGGUGUGGCUGGCCAAGGCUCAUGGCAGUGUGUUCACUGUGUGGGUGGGCCCAACACCUGUGGUGGUGCUGAGUGGCUUCCAGGCGGUGAAGGCAGCUCUGGUCUCCAACUCGGAGCAGUUCUCUGGCCGGCCCCUCACCCCUCUCUUCCGGGACCUGUUUGGAGAAAGAGGAAUCAUCUGCAGCAAUGGACACAUGUGGCGGCAGCAGAGACGCUUCUGCCUGGCAACGCUUCGAGGGCUGGGCCUGGGCAAACUGGCGCUGGAUCUGCGGCUGCAGGAAGAAGCAGCAGAGCUGGCCAAGGCCUUCAGCCAGGAACAGGGUAGACCCUUCGACCCUCAGGUGCUCAUAGUCAGGGCCACGGCCAGAGUCAUCGGGGCCCUCGUGUUUGGCCGCCACUACCCCUCGGAGGAUCCCCUGUUUCAAGAACUGACUCAAGCCAUCAACUUUGGCCUGGCCUUUGUCAGCACCAUUUGGCGCCGGCUGUACGACAUAUUCCCCUGGGCCCUCCGCCACCUGCCGGGACCCCACCAGGAGAUAUUUAGGUACCGGGAAGCUGUACGGGACUUCAUCCACCAGGAGAUCAGCAGGCACAAGCUCAGGGCACCUGAGGUCCCCAAGGACUUCAUCAGCUGCUACCUGGCCCAGAUCUCUAAGGCCAAGGAUGACCCUGUGUCCACAUUCAAUGAGGAGAACCUGACCCAGGUGGUGAUUGACCUGUUUCUGGGGGGCACAGAUACCACAGCCACCACCCUGCGCUGGGCGCUCCUCUACAUGGUCCAGCACCAAGCCAUCCAGGAGCGGGUGCAUCAGGAGCUAGAUACAGUAUUGAGCGCCACCCAGGCUGUCUGCUACGAAGACCGUGAGCAUCUGCCCUACACCCGUGCCGUCAUCCAAGAGGUGCAACGCCUCAGCAGUGUCGUGGCCGUAGGUGCCGUGCGCCAGUGUGUGACCUCCACUUGUGUGUGUGGUCACCCUGUGCCCAAGGGCACCAUCAUCUUGCCCAACCUGGCCUCUGUGCUCUAUGACCCCAAGUGUUGGGAGACUCCCCGACAAUUCAACCCCAGCCACUUCCUAGACAAGGAUGGAAACUUCAUGGUCAAUGAGGCCUUCCUGCCAUUCUCUGCAGGUCACCGGAUGUGCCCUGGGGACCAGCUGGCCCGGAUGGAGCUCUUCCUAAUGUUUGCUACCCUGCUCAGGGCCUUUGAAUUCCAAAUGCCAGAAGGGAGCCCCGGGCUCAGUCUGGAGUAUGUCUUUGGGGGUACUCUGCAGCCCCAGCCCCAGAAGAUCUGUGCAGUGCCCCGGUCCCAACUGUAG